UAUAUACGAAAUUUGGUUUUUUUUUCCUUUUAUUGUAAAUAUUUAUUAUUGUUUCUUUUUUCCUUUGUGGAUCAUCUUCUUGUGGAUUAAUUAGUUAAUUAAUUAAUUUCACCUUUAAGAAUCAAGAAAACAUUUACAGGUUAUCGUUCUUGUCUCGAUGUGAAAUAUAUAUUAUAAUAUUAUAAUAUUAUAUAUAUUAUCAUAUUAUAAUAUUAUAGCAGAAUAUUAUACACAAGAGAGAUUAGGUUAAUAAAAUCAUAAACUCUGAAAUCAGGAAGUUCAAAAGUUGGUCAGUUCCGGUGAGAAAGCUGAUAAGGUUUCUCCCGUGAGACACCACGUCCAAACUGAACUGGCGCGAAGUGCAGGGAACAUUACUUUCUUCUCUCAUGUAUUUCUGAAUCCGAGGCGUAAGAAUGCAUUUAGAAUGCGUGCGUACCAGCCGGGAUUUCGCCCGUCGCCCGCGCAGCGCGGCGGGAAUUAAAGGACAGGAGGGAGUGAUACGUACCGUCGGCACGAGUCGACACGUGGCGGUAGCGCCUUAUACAAACAGCAUUAUGCACGCUCGCGCUAACAUAAAUUACUGCGGGUUUAAUAUUGGACGUCGGCGCUGGCCGUGGCCGACCACCUCCUGAGCAAAACACGUUAAAUGCGGGGAGAGCUCGGCGCAUUCGACCGCGAUUCGCAAUUCCUCGGACCGCUCUUCCUCCCUCUUUCUCUCUCUUGCCCGAUCCCAGCAAAAAUUCCACGACAUGGUAACGACACCAUUGCGAAUUACGCGAAGCACAAUGCGCGACGCGUGUUAAAUUAACAAACGAAAAUUCCACUACUCGAGUGAAGAUCGUCGAAAGUUCUUCGAUGCUUACGAGAAAUAGGUAGGUAGAUAGAGAUAGAGAUAGAGAGAGAAAGAGAGAGAGGAGGAGGAGGAAGAGACGUUUGAUUUACGCGUAUUUCCCUUCGUUUCUAUAAGCAAAUGUAUAGAAAUCGUGGGGAAACAUUUCGCAAUGUCAAACCCGUCCCGAGAGCGACACUCGGAAAUUCACGUUGAAAUGGGUUCGAGUUCAGUGUUGGGCCGUACGAUACACACACACAUACACACACACACACACAUAUAUAUAUAUAUAUAUAUAUAUAUACAUAUACUUCUCUGCGACGUUCCUCCGUUACAAUUGAAACCACUACGGACCGCUCCAUAGUUACCAGAAUCGGCUACUGUUUGCAUCCCCGCCCGAUACUCGCGAUGAAACUCAUCUCGGCCGGAUACGGCAUCAACUAGCCGGCCGAAUUCGAGCAAGCGGACCGGCUCGCGCGCACGAACGGUAUUAUUCGUGGCGAGAGUCUCGGCCGAAUUUCACAAUAAACUCUUUGACGAAGCGUCCGUGAACGAUUCGAGGGAGCUUUGGCCGCUGCCCUUUCAGAGGACGACCAAGCACCAAGUGGCAGUCUCGCAAAGGCGAGAACGGGCGGAAGGAACGAUAAGUGGACACCCCGUGGAGAGUGAUGCGAUGCAGGCCGUUCGCAUGAAUUAAGGCCGGCUUCUCGUUUACGUAGGAGGAUCUCGGGAUCCACGCAAGCCGCGCCAUGCCGCGAGUCGACUCGAGUGUUGCCCUUCGGCCAGCUGUGGAGCGAAGUCGCGUCUUAAUCUCAGAGGAGCAAACCGGAUGCGACCUCUCGAGUACACCGUGGCCGUACGGAUUGGCAUUGUUUGCGAUGGAUUUACGGGAAGUUGGAGAGUCACAGUAACAAUCGCUCUCUCGUACAAAUAAAAUCACGGUGAAUGCCUUGGUCUGGGCUCAUCGGUAUGCCGUUGCUCCGACGACCCUAUAAAGUCAAACCAAUUAGAAGCAAUUGUCAAAUCAAUACAGAGUGAACCAUUAUUGGCAUUCUUUUUAAUCAUUGGCACACUAGAAAAACCUGGUUUCCCCUGCGAUCAGCGGCAUCUGUUUACAGUUUCAAUUGUGAAGCUCUUUUUUGGGAUCAUAAAGCGCCUGCAAGAAACUUAAUUGCAAUGCUAGUCGCAUGAAAAACAUGUCUAAGGUAUCGUACGCAAGAAUAAAUUGGGAAAUUCGUAAUAAAAAUUAAAAUACAUUGAGUGAAUUUUACAAUAAGAAUUACUAUUUUAUUUUUACUAGGAUUUUGUAGUCGAGAAAUAGAUUGACACUCUGCAGUAACUGAUUUCAUCUUAUAUGUGUUAUUUAUAUUUUAGAAAUUAAAUAAAAUAACCUUCAUUUUUUAGAAAAGAACCUUCAUUUAGAAUUGUCCUGCAUUCAAAACUACUCUUAUCUCACAUAUGUACCGAUGAUACGCUCUGGGCAUUUGAUUCUUUGUUUUUAAGUUAAAAGUUAUAAAGGUUCAAACUAUCAAAAUAUCCACUCGAAUAAAGUUACAAUUUGAGUAGAAACUUUAAAGCACUUCCAGUUUGAUCGCUUAAGCAUUAUUUUGAGCGCUCAAGUUUUUCAUAACUAAAGCAGUUAUCAUGAAACAUGAAUACAUCAUGAAACGGAUUUCCUGCGUUUGAUAAAACUUGCACGACAUUUUAAAAUUUUAAUUUAAAAACAGGGCUAAAUUUCAAUUGUUCAAUUGUCGGUUGAAAGAUCUUUGAUUCUCUUCGCUCGUAUCAAUCGUCUAUUAAACGAUCUUUAAUUAAAUUCGUUGAAGUGAAUCGUGAAUUAAACAUUCUUCUAUUGAUUUUGCUCGAAUCAGUUGUCAAUUAGUUGAAUUGAAACAUAUUUGUUCAAUCAAUUGUUAAAUUAAGAAAAAUUUAACAGAUAUUUUUAUAACUCUGCGUAUGAAUAACCGAUAAUUCUAGAUUGCACCGCACACUUCACAUAUUAUGAUCGAAGCGUGACUGACUCGAUUGUGACGAACGACUUUCAACUGCGCUCUUAAUUCGUGACGACUUUAAGGUUAUGGAAAAUUGUCUCGUAUACUUAUGCUUACCGUCCCGUAUAUUACUAUGCUUUAUGUUUUCAAGCGAUAUCGGUAGGUCGCGUUAAGAUGGCGCAGGCAUUCUACGUUCGAAAUCCUUAUCCUGUGCCGGAUGUCUCCCGGGAAGGAGCGUGGGUACCGCGCGGGCCCGUGUUGGGAGAUAAAGUCUCGCCGUCGGAUAGAGACUGGAACAGCAAGUUGAGCGCCCACGAGCGUCUCUUCGCUCAUCACACCCUGAACAGCAUCCGAAGGGACCACCGACUCGUCAGGCGGAAGGUGCCGGACGACGCCCUCGAUUUCGCACUGGACGCCGUGUACGUACACAGCCGAGACACUCUGGUGCCGAAGAUGUACGUGGCUAUGCAGCCGGAGACGCUCGGGAAAGAAACAUGGCGCGUGUUGCGAAACGAGAUCAAGAUCUCGCCGAAACCACCUAAACCGGACAGACCAAUGCAUGUGAGCGGCUAUCAGGAUGAGGACCUUAAAUCGCUAGUGCGGGAACCUUUUUCGGCGGAUAAAACGAGGUGUUACAGCGGGCCAACUUUGCCGCGGAGAAUUCAUCCGAGCAGCGUGAAAUUAAAUAUCGAGGGUCCUCAUAUGGACCAAUCGAAUCCCGGAUACAGUCGCAAAAUCGACGGAACUUUUUACAGUAUUUAAACACGGAUUUGGGCGGUGUUUGAGCGGCACGCUUGGAGAACGUUCGGAUUAAGCUGAAACCUGCAAUUCGCCGAAUGAAGCCCCCGCUUUUGCAAAUACCAUUAUCGCUAUUGGCAUAAUCUGCCGAGAUUUGCGCUUUGAAAUUCGUCGGGAAACGCGCGGAUCGGCGAAUCACGCCGCGUCGAACGCAACGGAAACGCGAAAUUGAUCGUAUUACAAGAGCGCCGUGAAUCAACGCGAUGACGAAGACUCGCGCGCGCGAGCAAGUGUAUGAUUGAAUAGCAGCAAUUGUUAGCGUUAUUUCGCGGCGAGCCGAUCCGCGAUUAUCCUAUCCGCGCUAAUCUGAUCAUGUCGACAAAUUCACUCGGCGGCCUUUCGAUGCCUCACGAAUUCGCUUUAGCUAUCGCCACCGGGGAUCUCCCCGUCGCCGUCCGCGCUCUCGCCCCUUUGACAGUCACGACAUGGAGAGACAAGCAAGCCGAAGAUCGGUGACAGAGCGGGUAGACAGAGCGGCAGAAGAGAGCGUGAGUCAGUGCGCUCAAAGUUCUCAUUGCUCGCUCGCUCGCGCGCGCGCUCAUUCGGCUCGGCUUGGCUCGGCAGUGAGCCGAAGGGACAGAAUGUCCCAUUACCCGGGUAAUCCUUGUUUGUAAUAAACCAGCGCCCCGCUGCCAGCGGGGUGACAGCGCAGCCACCCUCGCCGAGGGCCCGCGGAGGAGGAGCCAUCUCCGCACGCAUAUGCUCCUCAUGGAAUAUCAUUUAUGCUUCUCACCCCGCGCGAACGUCUAUCUUGCGACCCGUUUGACCCGGGCAACCCUCCGAGAGCACCCUCUCUCCGCCACGGAGUAGGCAGCACGAUCCUUAUACAUACGUCUAAUCCGGCCAUGAUUGCUCCGCCGACCGCCUCAUCGCGAAAACUCCACCUCGACGGUGAGACGUACGCUACCCUUCUCGUCUGACCCCAUUCCAUCGGCUUCUUUAGAGCGCUUUUUGACGAACCUCGUAAUUUCGCGACGACACCCCGAUGAAUAUUAGCGCGAACGCGCGUGUUCCAGUUGCCGUAGCAAAUCGCCGUAACUUUUCACGCAGGUAAAACGUGUACUAACAGAAGACUAUAUCUAAAACAUCAACACAUAACAAUAACUAAUAAUAUAUACAACAUAUAAUAUCAACUAAUAACACAUAUUUAUUUAUACCAAUAUAUAAAAUAUUUUUCGAGUAAGAAAAUGCACAUUUCCUUAACCUUAAGAAAAUCUUGACUUUUCACGAAACCACAAUUGUACU